AUGAUGGUAGGGGAGGCUGAGCAUGGGUAUGCCGACAAAUACCUUCUAUGCUGCCUGGCGGGUUUGGGGGAUUCCCCUAAGUGCAAUGCACCACGUGACCAGUUCUCGUCGUGUGAAGAUCUCAUGGCCAAUAACAUCCUUCGAAUCUUUAUCUGGAUUCUCGGGACCAGUGCUUUCAUUGGCAACGUCCUUGUUGUUGGCUAUAGACUCGUCAAUUCUGGAUGGGGCCGACAUACAACCGUCCAAUCAAGUCUGAUCACCAACCUAGCCGUCUCUGAUUUCUUGAUGGGUUUGUACAUGAUUUCAAUAGCGUCAGCCGAUGUCUUUUACCAAGGGAACUAUGCUGCUCAUGCUGAUGAUUGGAAGGAUAGUAUCCUGUGCAAGGUUGCAGGUAUCACUUCCGUUGUCUCCAGCGAGGCUUCGGUGUUUCUGAUCACGGUCAUAAGCAUUGAUAGGUGUGUCCAUGUGGUGGUGCCAUUUAAACCGCAACUACACCUCUCUGUUCGUGGUGCCCGAGUAGUUGAGCUCAUCAUCUGGGCCCUCGCCGCCUUCCUUGGCAUUCUACCAACUCUUAUCCCGGCUUUCGUCGAAGGGAAGUUCUACGGUCAAUCAGGAGUCUGUCUGGCUCUACCCCUAACAGUCGAUCGUCCUGCAGGAUGGCACUACUCCAUCUCCUUAUUCAUUGGUGUCAACUUCGUGGCGUUCCUGGUGACCCUCCUAUGUUACAUCUCCAUCUACUGCAUGUUUCAGAUGUCGAAGCAGCGGAUCGUCGGGAAAAGGAACAAGUCUAAGGAGGAUAUGCGAUUGGCUGAAAACAUCAAGCUGGCAUCUAGGAUGGCGCUUGUUGUUGGUACAGACCUUGUUUGUUGGUUACCAAUCAUCAUCAUGGGCUUGAUGUCAGCGAGUGGAACUCUGACAAUUUCUGCACAGGUAUACGCAUGGACAGCAGUCUUUGUGCUACCCGUCAACUCGUCUCUUAAUCCAUAUCUUUACACGCUUGUAUCGAUUCGCCGAAGGAAGCAGAAAUCAGCUGAGAAUCGAAGCAUGAAGUACGAGGAAAAGACUAUGGAAGCCAGUGUUUUCUAUGACACGUCAAUCAUCUCAGCAUUCACGUCUUUGCCCAGCCCCUCUCCCGAGCGACUGAUUGAAUGGAUGAAACGUAACCAACGAUCUCUUAGACGUUUAGAAAUCGAUGUAAUUCAACGUGACGUCACAAAGGCUGUGGAAAGAAUGAAGGAGUCUGGACUAUGGAAUGACGUCAUACUAAACUUGCAUCAAAUUGCCGUCCAAGCAAAUGGAGCAGGGAGAAUCCUACACGCUUUUGUAGUGCUAGACUCAUCUCUGACUUUCCUUGAAUCACGUGAUGACGAUCUGACGACCAUUCUGGAGAAUGAUGGAAACAUUGACAUCAUACUCAAUAUGAUUGCGAAGGCAAAUAUGCCAAAGUAA